CUGGGCGUCUCAACUUUAUGAGAUAUCUUUAUAUAUACCAGAGAAUUUGAAACAUUUUGAAAUUUAGGAACUAUUCCAGAAACAACAAAUAACACUUCGUUUGGACGACCAAGAUACGAUAUCUAGAGCACAUGGAUAUUCAGGAUGAAGAACAAGAUCAUGUGGCCAUUGAAAUGGAUUUUUUAGAUGAUGGACCCUUUGCUGAUAGGGCACAAUUACCUGCUUUGCCUCGAGAGGGUACAAGGCAACACCGCAUUGCGCCUGAUGAACCUGUUGGAGUACUCGAUGGUCGUCAAGUAAGGAGAUACGUUGUGCGUGGCCCAGAGUUAAGAAGAUCAGAAAGACUACAUUCUAGAUCUAGAAUUUCUCAGGAUGAAGAAUCGAAUGUGGAUGAUGUACCUACUGAUGCGCAGCGAGAGUGGUAUCGAAACAGGGAAAUCAGAAGAAUGGAAGACAGGCGAGCACCGAUGAGUACUGAAACCAAAUACCUCGUGAUUAUUUGGUUUACUUUAGUAAUAGUAAUCAUCCUUUUUUUUAUUCCAUAUUUGAUUCGGGAGCAAAGUCGUGAAAGCAGCAAUUUAAAUGUUUCACUUACGUUAUGAGCAAUCUCAUAUAGUGAUUUAUUUUUAUAGAUGUUUUAAAUGUAUUUUAUUAUAAUUUAUAAAGGAAAAAAACAUAAUUUCAUGAUUUUACAUUUAUAUGAUUGACUCUUGACACUUUUCAAAUUAAAAGG